AACCGCGUGUAUGGAUCGCGCGGCGUCGCUAAAGGACAAAAACGCCUCCCACCAUAAAGGCAGCGCCACACUUCGCUCCUUGAGAUUUCAAUCUCUUCCCCCCUUCCCAUGGCUUCGUCUCCUUCCGUGACGAUGUCGGAUCCUGCGUCGCUCCCGCCCGGCUUCCGGUUCCACCCCACCGACGAAGAGCUCAUUCAGCACUACCUGCGGAACCAGGCAUCUUCUCUGCCAUGUCCCGUGUCCAUCAUCGCCGAGGUGGACAUCUACAAGUUCGACCCUUGGGACCUACCUGCCAAAGCCAUGUUUGGGGAGCAGGAGUGGUACUUCUUCAGCCCGAGGGAUCGCAAGUACCCCAACGGGGUCCGGCCGAACCGCGCGGCCGCCUCCGGCUACUGGAAGGCGACCGGGACCGACAAGCCGAUCCACAGGAGCGGAGGGAACGAGCAUAUCGGAGUGAAGAAGGCGUUGGUCUUCUACAAGGGACGGCCUCCGAGAGGGAGGAAGACCAACUGGAUCAUGCACGAGUACCGCCUCGCAGAAGCUCACCAUGGCAACACUUACAAGCCCAUGAAGUUUAAGAACGCCUCCAUGAGGUUGGAUGACUGGGUGCUCUGCCGCAUCUACAAGAAGAACCACAAUCUCCAAUCGGUGCCGCCACUGGUUGAUCAAGAACAAGAAGACUCCGGUUCCGGGGACAUCUACCUAUCGAGCUUUCGCAGCACGGAGCAACCCAGCGGUCUUCGGCUGCAGAAAUCCUUCUCCGUGUCAGAUUUCCUGGAGAACUACUCUGCCCCGCCGUCGCACCUGUUCGAUAACCUACCGGAGAUGCAGGGAUCCGAGCUUGCCCUGCUCAUGGCCCAACCGAGCACGAAUCAACUCAAAACUGAUAACAGCAACUGCAGCAAUGACAAUUACACGUUCGCUCCGUAUAAAAUCCGAGAAGAAUCCGCUGCUCCCGUUGCUGCCAACCCUACAAAGCGCCAGCGGACGACGGAGUCCUACCUAGACGGCAUGAACGAUCUCCUUCACCCAUGGAAGAAGCCCAGCAGUGACGCAACCAUCUACACCACCGAGUUCUCCGACCAGUUCGACGGCACUCAGUGCAACUUGCUCAACCAGCGCUUCUUCAAUCAGCAACUACUGCUGAACCCUCAGCUGGGAUUACAUUGACGCAUCGAUCGUAAUCGGACAAGUGGUAGAAGAAUAAAGGAAACGGAAAAAGACAAAAGUAGCAUAAAAGAGAUCAAAUGGGUACUGAAACGCCAUUUUUGCCCCCCUCAAGAAGCUUUAUCUCGCUUCAGCAGAGCGGUCAUGCAUGAUGAUGUAGUAGUAGUUUCAGGAGAUCACACUUAGUCAAAUACGAUUAUUGAAGAUGAUCCACCGGAUCAUUUGAAGCUGUUGGCUUGUAGAUAUCAUGUAGCAUGAUUAGGUACAUGACUUUCUUCUUGUUGAAUAAGAUCAGCCAUGGCUAUAAACA